CCUUGCUGCUUUGCUUCAGCACUGCUGUGGUCCCCCCCACAACCAUCCCGCCCUUGCCGCCACGGGCCCAGCGAUAAGCGUCUGUGGCAGUCGGCUGCACAUGGUUGCGAUGAUCGUGUUUUCUUAGACUCGUGUCGUUGGGAUGCAUACAGCACCUCGCGCCGACUCGCUCUCCGCAUUGCCGUCAUGGGGCCCACCGGCCUUGUCGCCGCGGUCCUUCGUCGGACCUCUCGCGCUCGCCACGCGCAUGCGUGCUUCGCGCUCCCCCCGCUAGUAUCGCCCCCCAGUGCUGAGGGUGCCGCCAGCUGCGCUCAGACCGCCGCAUCUGCCCGUUCGCUUCUCCGCUCGCUCCAUUCCGCCGUCCGCUCGAGUCAUGCCUCCGUCCCCCUUGCCCUCAACCCUCUUUCUGCUUCCGCCCCCCCACCUCCUUCCGCCGUCUCAGCCCUUUCCGCCGGCCUGUGCACCAGCGCUGCCACCGCCGACCAUCUCCCCGUGCAGCACGGCGCGUCGACGAUGCGGGCCGCCGUGAUGCGCGAGGUGGGCGGGCCGCUGCGCGUGGAGCAGCUGCGCAUCCCGCGGCCUCAGGCGGGCGAGGUGCUCAUCAAGACGCGCGCGUGCGGCGUGUGCCACACGGAUCUGCACGUGAUGCGCGGCCACGUGGCGUUCCCCUCGCCGUGCGUUCUGGGCCACGAGGUCAGCGGGGAGGUCGUGGAUCACGGCGCCGGCACCGACGCCGCCACCAUCGCCAGGCUGCCAGUGGGGUCGCGUGUGGUGGCGGCGUUCAUCAUGCCGUGCGGCUCCUGCUUCUUCUGCACGCAUAGCCAGGAGGACAUCUGCGAGACCUUCUUUGCGUUCAACCGCCUGCACGGCACGCUGUAUGACGGCCGCACACGCCUCUUCACGGCGGACCCCUCCGCGAGCCCCAUCGCCAUGUACAGCAUGGGCGGGCUGGCGGACUUCUGUGUGGCGCCUGCCACAGCCGUGGCGCCGCUGCCCGCUGCGCUGCCGCUGCCCGAGUCAGCAGUGAUGGGGUGCGCGCUCUUCACCGCGUUCGGGGCGCUGCGCCACGCAGGGGAUGUGCGCGCAGGGGAGACGGUGGCGGUGGUGGGAGCGGGCGGCGUAGGCAGCAGCUGCGUGCAGGUGGCGCGCGCCAUGGGGGCGGCCACCAUCAUUGCCGUGGAUGUGGCGGAAGAAAAGCUGAGGCUGUGCCGCGCGCUGGGCGCCACGCACACCGUCAAUGGCAGCACUGAGGACGCCGUGGAGGCCGUCAGGGCCAUCACGGGCGGCAGGGGCGUGGAUGUGGCGGUGGAGGCAUUGGGGCGGCGCGAGACGUUCAUGCAGGUGGUGCAGGCGGUGAGGGACGGGGGGCGCGCCGUCAUGGUGGGCAUCGCUGCUGCCGGCACCACGGCUGACGUCGACAUCACCCGACUCGUGCGCCGCAAUAUCAAGAUCAUCGGCUCAUACGGGGCCAAGGCGCAGUCGGACCUGCCAGCGGUGGUGGCGCUGGCAGCGGCAGGGCGGGUGGACGUGGCGUCGUGUGUGAGUGAGCGGUACAGCCUGGAGGACGCAGACACAGCGUACAGCAAGCUGGAGGCGGGCCACGUGCUGGGGCGAGCCAUCGUGGACAUGACCCUCUGAUUCUGAACAGCACUUUGCUCUGGGCUCGCUGGGCCCAACUUAGAUUGGAGGGUGCCAAUGUUUGAAUGUACAAUAACUACGUUGGGGUUGUGAGUGCGUUUCUGGUACAUGUACAUUAUGGGUAAUGCU